UAUACAAAUGUGAAAGUAAACCAAAAUGGUCUUCUUGUUGACAAGAAGGAUCUAGGAUAAUUCAAACAUUAUAAAAGGAUGAAUAUGUAUUUGAUAGGAUGCACUUAUAACAUCUGAAUAAGAUAAUGUAUGUUAUAACUAUGACAUAACAGUUCGCGUAAUAAGCAACUGUGGAUAGUGAAAGUCUACAUCAGAUAUGAAUCCAUCUGUAUUUUCUUUUUAUUUUCCCCUGCUGAUGUUUAUACUGCAAUUGGCAUGUUCAUUAAGAUGGGAAGUAGAACACAAAGUGUCUGACUAUGGACAAAACUUAAUAUUGUUGUGCAGAGUGUCUAACUGUUGUUUGAAAGAUGCAGGAUGGUAUUUAUGGACUCCUUCAAAACGCACAAUUUUCAAAGACGUCAAAACUGCUAGAUUAUCAGCUCCACCGAAGUAUUCAGGAUAUGUUCGAACAGAUGGUUUUACUCUUAUCAUAAACAACAUUUCACAAGCUGAUAUGAACGUUAGUUACUCUUGUGAUUAUGGAUUGCAGUUGGGAGACAAUAUAGUUUUACACAAAGAUGAUGUUUUCAAAAAUGACAGAUCAGGACUAAGUAUCAGUGUUUUCGUUCUGAUAAUUGCUGGAGGCUCUGUCCUGACUAUUCUUCUGUUAGCAUUUGUCAUUUGUAUAUGUUGUAGACAGCUGUCAUAUAAACAAGUUGAAACAGACGACCCUUUUAAAGGAAAAACAGACGGCAUUCGAACAAACAAGUUCAUUAUCCAUAACGAAUAUUGUACGAAGAUUGAAGUUUCAUUUGUAUCUUCUCAACCACAAAAACGCACUGAUACAAGUUUCGUGAAAUAUGGAUAUUUUGAAGUGUGCAAAAAAAGUAAAACAAAAGGAAUGAAUAAUGCUGACAUUGAAAGCGGCCAAAAGUAUGAAAUCAUAUUGAAGAAACCUUUCAUAGGUUGUAAUGUUCGCGUAAAGUACACACAAUACUUUCUACAUUAUUUUCCCUAUCCAUGGUACGGACGCAUCAGUCUUCAACACAUAAGAGGAAAUGAAAUGGUUUUCACGACAAAAGGCAAACUAGAAUAUACGAGAUAUAAAAAAAAACAAAUCAGCAACAAUAACGCUUCAAGUUUGCAGAACGAUUCAAGGCUAACUUUUGAACUGAAUAUAGAUAAACUGGUACACACAAUUCUCAACAAAGUUUAAACAGUGUUUGAACAAUAUACGUUUCAUCCAACUUCAAACAGUAAUAGUGCUAGGCAAAAUUGAUUGAAGUGAUGUGUCUUUUAAUGUUGUGUAGUGGUAGAACAUAUAAGUCUGCCAUAAUACAAAAGUUUGAUAUUUCUAUAUUAACUAGUAUUAAGAAAAAUCGCAAAAUAUAUUAGUUAGAAAAAACUGAUGAAUAAAAAUAAAUCUGAAAGUCAGAAUCUCAAAAAUUAGGUAUUACAUAUUUAGUGUAUAGAAAAAUAUACCUUACCCAUUUGGGAGAGAAAGUAAGUUAUCGUCGGCAGACAUUCACAUUGUAUAGAUAAAUAUAGGCAACAGUAGUAUACCGGUGUUCUUAGGACAUAAAUCGAUUGAGAGAAAACAAAUCCGGGCUACAACUAAAACCAAGGCAAACACAUCACCUAAAGGAGGAAAACAAAUGAAUAACAGGAGCACUGAAUUGAAAAAAAAAGAAAAAAAAACAACAACCGCUAAAAUACAAUGAAACGAACUAUUUGAUAACAAUUGUCAUAUUCCUGACUUGGUACAGGAAAUUUGAAGACAAAAUGGUGGGUUGAACCUGGUUUAAUGGCUAGACAAGCCUCCCGCUUUAUGACGAUGUUAGAUAAAUGAUUCUGUAUUUACUCCCGCUUUUUUUCCAUAAAAACAAAAGCAUUAGCAUUAAAAAAAUCUUGACUUCAAGAAUGGUCAGUUGACAAUGCGAAUACAUGUUAUUCUAACACAACAUUUAAAUUCAUUUGAAGCAAUAUGGUGAACUUACUGCUUAUCUGAUGACUUGUUUGAAUUCAGGAUAAAUUGAUCAUAUUAAGCAAGUGUAGUUUCAAAGUCAAAAUUUAUACCAACCAUUGACAACAGA